AGUAUAAAGCAGCCAACAUGUGGUUCUGGGCUCAGUGUCAACGUCCUUCAGCAUGAAGCUUAAUCCUCAGUCCGUCUGUGCGUUCGCUAUCCUUAGCCUUUGCUGUGUACUUAUCACAGUGAGAGAGUCAAGCAGCACAUUUAUCCCGGGGAGAUGUGUUUGUCCAAAAACACAACAGGGUGUCAGAGGUCAACUGAAGGCACUCAAAGUGUUACUACCAAGCUCCACUUGUCACAACGUCACAGUCAUAGUCACCCUGCAAAGAAACAAUAAAUCACUGUGCCUGAUUCGCUGCUGCGGCUUAGCUCAUCUUUUUCUUAACUGUGCUCCUUUAUGUUUUUCCCCCUCCAGAGUUCAGCAGUUGGGUCGUGAUGCAAAACUGUGUCUACAAAGGAAGAAAAGGAGAGGGGGCCAACGCCAGCAGACUCGACAGAGGAGAAAAGGCCAAAACAGGAAAGUCUCAUCCUGAGACUCUCAGUAGCUAGUCAGACUAAGGAAGGAAAAAAAUGACACCAAGUAUGUACAGAGGAGAAGUGUGCGCAGGGGAGAAACUACUGUAAGGCCACUUGUGUCUUUUCUCUCUCUUUAUGUCAUUGCAGACAUUAAGCUUCUUUAAAUUGUCUAAGCUCUACAUCAAAGUCUCCUUAUUAUUUCAUUCUUAAUGACUAUGUAUUGAAGAUGUAUUGAAGCAAAGCCCUGGAGGCUCAUAAAUGAAAAAACAAGUCCAUGGUUCUGUAUAUGCAGCUGGGAAGACCAACUUGAGAUUUUGUGGUUUAUAUUUAUAUGACUGCUUGAUGUUUUAUACUUUAUUUUAAAUAAACAUAUC